GCUUUAAAAUAAAUAAAUAAAUAAAUGACCGGAAGACAAGUGUUCUCCCCGCCCCCGUUUCCUCCCCUCUACGUCAUAAAAAUGCGCGGCGGGAAAAGCUUGCAUUAUUUAAUUCUAAAAAAGUGAUAGAUGUCAAGCACAGCAAAAAGAAAUAAAUACAUAAAUUCAAGUGCAGCUACAGAUUGUUGCGGGGUUUUUCUCCAAAGAAAUUCAAAGCUGUGUAUAUGCAGCUAUUUGUACUUAAAUACUUAUUUUUAAUUUAGCAUUACAUUUGACAAGUUUACCGAAGUAACAUUUUAGUAUCAUGAUUAUUUUUGUUUUAAAAUAAAUAUGAAUAAAUAAUACUUUAGAAGAACAAACCCCUUAAUGACCGGAAGAUGACGUCACGUUUACGAAGCCCUUCCUACGUGACCGGGAUCUCGGCGGAAAAACGGUGGAGGUCUGUUUGAUGCUGUCUUUUGGGUUAAACGAUAAACUAGGAAGAAAGGCGGCUGUAGGAAUAACCAUACAAACGUAAAGUUAGCAGUUCGUGGACUAGGAGGAUUUUUAUUAGUUUAAAACAUCAAAUCGGAGAGCAGCAAAGGAGAUCUUCGGCCUAACGAGCUUCACAAGCACCUCCCUGGACUGGAGAUCUGGAGCUCUUUCACAAUGUCCGAAAUUCUACUGAGAAAGUUAAGAGCCCAGGUGACCAUAGCGAUGGAUGCCACCUUGCGGAAAGCGGCCUUUGAAAUAAUGUCCAUAUUCGAAAACACCUUAACUGACCAUAAACGAGAGCUGUCUGAAAAAGAGGAAAUGGUUGCUCAGCUGAAAUUAAAGCUACAGGUGGCAGAGCUGAGGCUGAAGGAUCUGCAGGCGGAAGGUCCCAGUACAGCGGCGGCAAACGAAACCCAAGCGAUUCUUGAAAUUGUCCCAGAUGUUCCUAAUGAGGUCCCUGUUGAGAAGGAGAUCGUCCCUGCUCCUGAAAUAGACUUUGAAGUUCCUGAUGACUGGUGUGCUCCACUUGGCACUGAGGUUCUGGCCAAACAAGAUGAAGCGUUUUGUCCCAGCGUCAGGCUGCGGGAGUUUUCCAUCCCUCUCUGCCACGUUCCCAUGGUCAAAAAGGAAAGUGUCAACAACUUUGGCAGUCCCCAAACAACCAGUGAUGACAGCAGAAAAUCCAGGAAGCUUGCCGAUGCAAGUGAGAUCCCAAAGCCCGCUCAGAAAGGAGGACCUCGUGGUAAAGGAAGUCGGAUGCAAAACGAGCUCAGGCUGCUGUUCAAACAGCUGAAUCAGGAAGACUUCAUAGAUAUUUCAAGCUCCGGGUUAAGAAAGAGCACAAGGUUGGAGAAAGGAGAGAGAAAGAAAAGGCCGUUCCAGUGCACAAAGUGUCCAAAAAGAUUCAGGCGUGCCCAGACCCUUGAAAAGCACAAACAGAGAAAACACAAAAUCAAAGGCAAGCCAGAAGAUGCAAAGGAAGACCUUGGAUGGACCCAGCCCUUGGAAGAUGUAGAAGAUAACCUAAAUGAUAUUUCCAAAAAUCAAGAUUUAAAGCGAAAUACUGGACCAAAAAAAGUUGGCAAGAAAUGCAGAAAAGUACAUGAAAUUGCAUACCAAAGCUGUGGAGAACAAGUCAAGAAUGGGUAUAUCUGCUCUGUGUGUCAGAAAUUCAUAAAAAACAAAUUUGCUUUGAUAGAACACUAUCGCAUCCACACAGGAGAGAAGCCUUACAGUUGUAGUGCCUGUUCCCUAAACUUUCGCUUCAAAUCCCAGUAUACUAAUCACUGUAAAUUAUACCAUAAAUCUGAAUCCAAGUAAAGCUCUGGGGCAAAAACAAGAGGAAUUCCUGCGAAAUUGGAAAUGUCUCGCACAUCAAACAUCUCCUUUCAAAACUCCUUAGGAAAACGAUUUACCACAGCGCUGCUUGAAAUCCAGUUUCUGGAUAAGUUACAUCCAUGGUAGAAGCUGUAUACUAUGUUUUGUUUUUUAUCUGUAAGGCGACCUUGGGUGCCCAGAAAGGCGCCAUAUAAAUAAAGUUUACUAUUAUUAUUAUUAUUAUUAGAACGAGUGGUGAAGGGAACAGUUUCUAGUCAGUUUUUUUUAACCCCCAAUAUGUUUGUAUGUAUUUUAAAAAUUGCAUACGUUUUUUUUAAGUCAUUUUAGCCUUUUCACUUGAAACUGUAACUGAACCCUAUAAAAAUAACGUUCUCAUUAUUUGUGCAUGCCUUUUCCCUCCUUGUUUAGGAAAAUGUAUCAUUUACAAACGUUUUAUUUUAAUAUUUCAUGUUAAAGUGUUUUUGAGCCAAUAUCCACAAUGCUGUCUUGGUUAUCAUAAUAAGCUGAUCUGAUUUGGUUUAGAGCACAGUGUAGUUGUAUUAACUGUUCUUUUCCUAAUAUAAAAAUUAGUUACAAUUUGUCAUAUCUUCAUUUCUGCUUUUUUUGUUUGCAUGACAAAAGCAAUUGUAUGUUGUUGUGAAAUUGAUUUUAUUUAUUUUUUUAUUUUUGGUUCAAGCAUGGUUAAUUGACACGUUUUAAUAAAAAGUUUCUGCUUUCAUCUAUCUUUGAAACAAUGUGGUGUUUCCCCUUCAGAUUUUGCAGCUUUAAUUACAUACAUUGUCUUCUCGCGAGAUUUGCUCUGCUGCCGUGACCACAUCUCAGGUACCAACCUGCUAGCAAAAAUGUUUUUGUUUCCUUCUCACGGGUACUUAAAUAUUUCUGUUACUACACAAUUAUUCAUUGAAGACAUAUGAACAUUGGCUCCCCAGUUCGUAGUUUUUACAUAUAUUUUGUACAUGAUUUUGUUGUCUUUAACCUUUAUAUUGCUAGUCGAUAAAGCCAGUUUUCGUGCUUCGUUUUGGGGCUCCACACCGGAUAGAGAAUUUCGUAGAGGUUAUCAUGCUCAUAAAAAAGGAAGAUGGAACCAAAUUUGAGCAGCAAAUAUUCUAUAUUUGGCUGAAACUGAGAGUCUUUUUUUCGUGGUUUAUUUCAUAGUAUAUUGUUCGUGCACAAGAAGCUGAACUAUUUCUUCAACCAGAAAGAUUCAGCCGCGGAAGUUUAUUUUAAAAACUAUGUGAAUUGUUGCUGCUGGGAAUUAUUUGUGCUCAGUGUAGCAUGGCGGUGACCCGAGUUAAGGUUGAGGAGUCUCCUAGCUGCAUCAUUUAAGGAAACCGCGGUGGUGAACGAAUCUUUGCAACAAAAAAAGAUGGAGACCGCGCGGAGCGCUUUCCACGCUCAGCUGGCCGCAGUCAUGGACUCGCUGCUGGCCGCGGCCGUGUGCGAGAUCGCCAAGAUCUUCGAGAGCAGCCUCUGCGAACACCAGGCGGAGCUGACGCUGAAGGCGGAGGAGAUCUCAGCCCUCCGCUGCAAGCUGGAGAAAGUCGAGAGGAGGCCGAAGAUCAAGGCUGGAUGGAGGGAGGAGAAGGAGGUGUCAUCGGGUGAAAGGGAAGGGAACUUCAGACAGCAGACUCCCACAACAUCAGGCUUUUGUUUGAGAAAGGAGGUGUUUUCUCAAACAGACCCAGAGGAAAGACUCAGUCAGAGCCUGAGCAAACUGAAAAAGGAGGAGGUGGAUCUGGAUAGAGCUGCCCUGAAACGUGAGUGUGUUGUAUUGGAGUCUAAGAUGGGAUCAGUUACCGUCCAAGCUCCAGAUGAGGAUCACACUUUGAUUGAUGUCCUUCCUGCUACACAGCCUAAGAACAAACAUUCUGACUGGGAUCAAAGCAGUUGCAAAACCGACCACAUGCCACCUCAGGAUCAAGCCAGCCUCCCUUUUUUGUCCAUAUCUGACAGUGGGUGCUGCUCUCCUAGGCCUGAUCUCAGUGUAACUCCACCAAAAGAGUGGGUACCAGGACAGAGUGCCACCAGCAAUGGGGUUUCGGUCCAGGAGAAUCUGCUGGCUGGCGGUAUCGGUUGCUCAGCUUUAACCAGCACUGCUGCCACAGCACCAUCCAGCUUUCAGUCUGGUUACCAAUCAGAGGACAAUUCCAAAGACGAUGAUAACAAGUUUAACUUCCUGGAUCAGCACUCUGAGAACCAGAACUCCGGCCAGAGCGCAGUGCAGAAUAAUGCUGGACAGAGGGAGGAUAAUCCUCAGGUGCCCUCUUGUGAAUCGCCAUGGCAAAACAGAGAGGAUGGAGUGACCUCAGCUCCUUACAGUCGCUCGUGGCGGAUCACAAGCUCUGGCAGCAGAGACUCUUUGCAAUCACACACUCUUGCUGUAAGAACCACCAACAAUCUCGGUCACCUUCCAGCUCAAAGUGAAGGAAAUGCACGGCCUUACACCUGUCCCUACUGCACCAAGUGCUUCGCUUACCCCUCCCACCAACGCAGACACCUUUUACGGCACACCGGAGUCCGACUGCAUCCCUGCCAGUUCUGUGACAAAAGCUUCCUCACACCAUCCGAGCUGACGGUGCACACUCGCACGCAUACAGGAGAGCGGCCUUUUGCAUGUGCUCAGUGUGGUAAACGUUUUGCCCGCAGCGGUAACCUGCGGGCUCAUCAGCGGGACGUUCACAUGGGAAAAAGACCCUUUGCAUGUGAAGAGUGUGGGAAAAGAUUUGCCCACAGGGGGAACCUGAGGGUGCACAAUCACAGAGUCCAUCAGGGAGAUCCGUACUACGUGGAUGAACAGCCAGAGUCUGAAAUGGGUUCUAGUCCCAUUUAGAAAAUAUUAUUUUAUUUAAAAACAUGGAGAAACAUGUAACGCUGCACUUGGAAAUUCUGAACUGAAUUCUAAAGUUGAUAUAUGGAAUUAUCCAAAAUUCAGAUUAAUGCAUUCACGAAAAGGCCGUUCUCUUCCUAACAUGACUACACCAAAACUUUGGAAGUUUAAGUUAUUAAAAGGAAAUUUUUGGAACGCUUCAAAACCUGAUGCACUGUCCAUCACCAAAGUUUAGUUAUUCAGACUUAGUUAUGUUUUCAUUUUCUGAAUUUCCAGAUUCCUUUUGAACCAAAGGCCCUUAUUUUUUAUAAUAAAAGUUCACCAUUCUGCUUAUCCCAUCAGGGGUCGCAACAGCGGAAAGAAUGGUCAAGUGUUUGCAAAGAGAAACUUGUUUGUCAUCAAAGGCUACUGAACCAUUUUUGAAGUGAAUAAAGUGCAUUAUUUUCUUUUGAAUGUGGUUUGUGUGAAAUGUUCAAUGUUCAAUGUAACUUCUCUUUAUAAACUGUAAGGUUUCAGAAAUGAUUCUGACUGUAUUAAAAUGAAAAUAGCAUUUUUAAAGAAAAAUGAAAGUAAUAUUUUUGUCAAUGUUUUUGCACAGUUAAAAGAACUUGGGAACAUUUAUAUUUAUUGCACUGGUCUUUUCUGGACACCAGGGGGCAGUAUAACAUUUUCCCUUUUUUCACAUUUGAUGACACUAAUAUUCCUUUCUGUAUGUUUUUGUGACAUCAUGCUGUUCACAUUGUACGACUUAAGAAGUUUGGAAUGAAAGUGAUAAAUGUGAGAUAUUAAAUUUUCACAGUGCAA